AUGGAUACGUGCCUGACCGACGACAACAGACCCGGCCGCAUACUGUUACGUCCCUGGCUGGAGAAGAAUCUGGAAGAUGGCAACAUCGAAGGACUCGAGUGGAUGGACGCUGAGAAGACAAUGUUCAAAGUGCCCUGGAAGCACAGAAGCAAGAAGGACUGGUCGCUCAAGCACAGCAGCGUUUUCCUCGAAUGGGCAAAAAACACGGGCAGAUGGAGUCGCGGGGACAGUUCGCCUAAUUUUGCAAAACUGAAAACUCGUCUGAGGUGUGCCUUCAACAAGGCACCAGACAUCGAAGAGAUGAAGUCGAAGCACUCGUGCCAGGGGGAAGAACCUUAUAAAGUUUAUAGGUUUAAAAAUAAAAAAGGUUAG